CUAGAAAGAGGCUAAUGGAGGGGUGCUUCAUGUCUUUUUAUUAUAUAUUCUUUCCUUUCUUUGUUCAACCAUCAGCAGGCAUGCUGGUUCUCUUUUAAGUCUUUUUACCAUUGCCUCUGAUUCAACUCUGACACAAGGAUGGGAGUGAGUGCAAUUCUGGCCUGAAAGCAGGUGGGAAUGCUACUGUUGGACUUGGUUGAGCUUCCUCUUCUGAUGUAAANCAUGACAUGUAACAAAAACAAACCAANUUGAAAUUGUUGCUGUUAGCUGAAUCAUUCAAAACCUGCUCCUUUAGUUGCCUCCUCCUUCACUUGAUCCAAAUAACUAACAUAAGUUUCUGUUGAUCCUUCAACCCANUGGAGAGAAUAGGGCAUGUANCUUUCUUUUGUUUAGCUUUGAUCUUCCUGUCGACUUCAGUGGUUGGUUUGCUUUCUCCCAAAGGUGUCAACUAUGAAGGUGAUUGAUUCAAGCUUUGAUGAGCAUUAAGAACUCUCUCAUGGAUCCUCAUUCUGUCUUGAGUAACUGGGAUGAAGAUGCUGUAGAUCCUUGCAACUGGGCUAUGGUCACAUGUUCCUCUGAUCAUUUUGUCACUGCCCUUGGGAUUCCAAGCCAAAACUUAUCUGGCCGCCUCUCACCAAGCAUAGGCAGUUUAACAAACCUCAUCACUGUGCUUCUGCAGGAUAACAAUAUUACAGGACCAAUCCCCUCUGAGAUUAGUAGGCUCCAAAAGCUUCAAACUCUUGAUCUUUCGGACAAUUUCUUCACCGGUCAACUUCCAGAUUCCCUUUCCCAAAUGAAGGGUCUCCAUUACUUGCGGCUAAAUAAUAACAGUUUGACUGGACCAAUUCCUUCCUCUUUGGCUAACAUGACUCAGCUUGCCUUUCUGGAUAUCUCUUAUAAUAACUUGAGUGGACCUGUGCCAAGAAUAAAUGCAAAAACAUUCAACAUCGUAGGCAAUCCUCAGAUAUGUGCCGCUGGAGUCGAGCAGAACUGCUUCAGGACAACGUCAAUUCCUUUGGCUCCGAAUAAUUCUCAAGAUUCCCAAUCCACCAAAAAACCAAAGAGUCACAAAGUAGCCUUGGCGUUUGCCUCAAGCUUAAGCUGUAUAUGCUUACUAAUUCUGGGACUUGGCUUCCUCAUAUGGUGGAGACAAAGACAUAACAAGCAAAUAUUCUUUGAUGUUAAUGAACAACACCGUGAAGAGGUUUUCCUUGGAAACCUCAAGAAGUUCCACUUCAGAGAACUUCAGCUUGCUACAAACAACUUCAGCAGCAAGAACAUGAUUGGCAAAGGUGGUUUUGGACAUGUCUACAAAGGGUAUCUUCAGGAUGGUACGGUUAUAGCAGUAAAAAGGCUCAAAGAUGGUAACGCUAUUGGAGGUGAGAUCCAAUUCCAGACUGAAGUUGAGAUGAUCAGCUUAGCCGUCCAUCGGAAUCUUCUUCGGCUAUAUGGAUUCUGCAUGACAACUACAGAGAGGCUCUUGGUUUAUCCGUACAUGUCAAAUGGAAGUGUCGCUUCUCGUCUGAAAGCCAAGCCAGCAUUGGACUGGCCUACCAGGAAGAGAAUAGCUUUAGGAGCUGGAAGAGGCUUGCUAUAUUUACAUGAACAGUGUGAUCCAAAGAUUAUUCACAGGGAUGUAAAGGCAGCAAAUAUCUUGCUUGAUGAUUAUUGUGAAGCUGUAGUUGGAGAUUUUGGGCUGGCAAAGCUUUUAGAUCACAGGGAUUCACAUGUGACAACAGCAGUGAGAGGCACUGUUGGACACAUAGCUCCUGAGUAUCUCUCAACAGGUCAAUCUUCUGAGAAGACAGAUGUGUUUGGAUUUGGAAUUCUUCUUCUUGAACUAAUAUCUGGCCAAAGAGCGCUUGAGUUUGGAAAAGCAGCAAACCAGAAAGGAGCCAUGCUAGACUGGGUGAAGAAAAUCCAUCAAGAGAAGAAAAUUGACUUGUUGGUUGACAAGGACCUGAAAAACAACUAUGAUAGGAUUGAGCUUGAUGAAAUUGUGCAAGUGGCUCUUUUAUGUACUCAGUACCUUCCAAGUCACAGACCCAAGAUGUCUGAGGUGGUUAGGAUGCUUGAAGGAGAUGGGCUUGCAGAGAAAUGGGAAGCCUCGCAGAGAGCAGAAUCCACAAGAAGCAGAGGAAAUGAACUCUCUUCUUCAGAGCGUUACUCUGAUCUCACUGAUGAUUCCUCACUACUUGCACAAGCAAUGGAACUUUCUGGGCCAAGAUGAUUUUCUUAAACACCUUGUGUCAUAUUUAAGUUGUUGAAGAGUGAAAGAAAGUUGAAUUGUCUUCAAAUGCAAGUUCCCGAGUUGCAGUGAACUUGUUGUAACAUUAGCAUCAUAGUAGCAUCUCCAAGAGUGAUGCUUGUUUCUGACUGUACAGAAUCUGAUUGUUGACAUUGACUUAUAGAUUGAGUUAUGUAUUUUCCUUAA